AUGGCAAAGCGUACCGUUAAGAUGGGUGUCAUGGGACGCUAUGGCGCCCGCUAUGGUGCCAACCCCCGUAAGCGUGCCAAGAAGCUUGAGGUGUCGCAGCACGCGAGACAUUUUUGUUCGUUCUGCGGUAAAUUUGCCUUCCGCCGUAAGGCUGUAGGCAUUUGGCGCUGCGACGGCUGCAGCAAGACGAUGGCGGGUGGUGCGUACACGUUGAGCACACCGAACAACAGCACUGUCCGCUCGACGGUUCGUCGUCUUCGUGAACUCAAGUAG